CAGCCAUGGACGUCCGGCUCUGCCCGUCCCCGACGGCGAGGCCAUCGAUCGUAUCGUAUCGUAUCGUAUCAUACCAUGGAGGAAUUCCAAGAAGCUGAAAUCUUAUGGCCUGCAGGCGGCUCCGACGACCGUGGCAAUAGCCAAGGCGACGUCGUUGACGACGGCGGCGAGACGGAGCCUAUACCUUGUUCAGUUCGUCCGAAGGCGGCCGCGCCGCCGCGGUCAGCCGCCACUGCGCCGGUCGAGAUCUCUCGCCGGAAGCGGCGGUGCCGCCCCUGGCGGGCGUCGGAGCAUUACACCAGCACGACGACGCCCGAUCAAGAAACCGACGUCGGCGAUGACGAUAAAGAAGAAGGACAUCGUUCCGGCGAGGCAAAAGGGAGUACUACAGACGGUUUGGUGAUCGUGCCGCCGCACGUUCUUGUUGCCCGGAGGAGGCUGGUGGUACGUGGCCGGACGGCGGCGGCGUACUCCAUGUGCGCCGGCAAAGGGAGGACGCUCAAAGGGCGGGACCUCCGCGAUGUCAGGAACCAAGUGCUCAAGAUGACCGGUUUCAUCGAGGAAUGAACAAGAGACCAUAUGUGUGUUUCGUCGCGUGGAUCGACAAGUUCAUUUGCAGCAAGCCAAUGCAAGCACCCGUACAAGUUCACUCGGUUUGAUUCGUGUGAUAAUUUGCUAGCUCAUGUAAUAAUUGAUGUACAUAGCUAGCUAAGAAAAUGGUGGUGAAGUUUGAAAAGAAUAAUUAAAAUGCCAGCUGCUAUUGUACAGCAUCAAUGUUGUGUAUUGUAGGCCUGUAGCUGUGUUAGCAUUUCGGCUACUCAUAUGACGAAGAGAAAAUCAGGGCAUGUACAACCCAUAGACGUACAGGUACAUGUCUGCAACUAAACAGACAGCUUAUACAACCCAUAUAUAUUUUUUUACUUCUCUGUUGUAUAGCCCACAGACAGGUCUCAUAUGUUUAACUCUCUGCAAAUGGUUUAGUGCUUGUA